GUUUUAUAGUCCUUUUUUCAAAACAUUGUUCUGAAAAUUCAUGUUAUCUUUUGACCCUGAGAAAGGUACAUGGAUUUUCCACCAUUUUUCUCCGUUAGAAUUUUACGUUUCUUAUUAAAAUCACUGUUAAAAUGGUACUACGUAAUUAGUGGACGACCAACAAAAAACGUCAAUAUAUUUUGUUGUUGAUGCCUGGCUAAAAAAAUCAGAAAUAAUUUCUGAUUAUUGUAAAAAAAGUUUAUUAAAACUGUUUAUAUAAACAAAUUUACCGGAAAAAUGGAAUAGAAGUAACUGGAUUUUGCGUGAAGAUAUUUUAAAGCGUUUCAAAGGUUGCAGAGAUUUAUGAAUUAAGAAGUUUACGAUGGCAGUUUCUGAAAAUUAUGUUUUGAAAGACUUGUUAAUCGAAUCUAAUUAUGAGCAGAUGCCAAUAAAGGAAGAAUCGAGCGAAUCGCCGUAUGAGGCAUUUGACUCUCCUACAGGAGAUUACAAAAGAGCGUGCCUGCUCGGUACAACUAAAAUACCGAAAGCGUCCUCGUCCCAGUGUCGCAUGUGCCUCCGUAAGGUACCGGUAGAAUAUUUGGCGCCCUUAGACGGUACCUGCCUGAGCAAUUUUGAAUCAUUUUUUGCCUGUGUUAUCGACGCGACCAAUCAAUUUGUCUGCGAUAACUGCACCAAUCUAAUGGACAUACUGGUAAACUUCAAACAGGCUGUUUUAGAUGCCAAUCGUAUACUGGAGUACGGGUCAUUUACCUUGCAAGGCAGUUUCUGGCAAGACCCGGAUAACGUGGAGGCAGUUGCGAAAAGUCGUAUUAUGGUCGAGUACCAUCUGCAGGAGUUGAAUUCAAUGGUCGAGUGUUCGGUUGAAAACGUCGAUGAUGAAGAAAAAAUGGAAAUGUUUAGAGGAUUCGACGAUACACAUCUUAUUGCAAAAAAAUCCGAUUCUGACAGCUCUGAGGAAAUGAUUUACCGACACUAUGACGAUUCAGAAGAUAUUCAGUUAGAAGAUUCAAAUAUGAUACCAGGACCACCUGAUGAGGAAAUAGAAAUUGAGUUCGAAGAAAUUCCGAUUGAAACGAAACCAUCGAUAAAACCAACAUCAUCCAAAACAUCAGUGGCGAGUAAGAAACGUAAACCUCAUAGAAAAGGAACUUCGGAACAGACAAGUUUAGAAAAACCUACCAUUGAAAGUAAAAGUUCAAGAAAUGAAUCGAGCAAUAAAGCUAAAAAAUCGCAUAAAAAAGCAACCGACGGUAUGAUCAUUAACACAAAAAAGAAAAAAAUACGCAAGCCGCUUACGUACAAUCAAACGCAUGUUUUGUGCGACUUUUGUGGCAAAACCAUCCACAUCAUGACACGUGAGCAUCACCUGAAUGAACACAAAGGUAUUCAACCGUACCGUUGCGAAAAAGGCUGUGACCGAAGGUUUUACGGUGUGCUGCACAAGCAAAGACACGAGCAUCGCAUGCAUGGAGGCAGUGAUGGCGGGGCCAAAACACAGGAAUGUGACAUCUGCGGCAAGGUUAUCAGAGGUUGCGUGAACGACCUGAACCUUCACAAAAAAGUGCACGAAGGCAAAGAGUUCAGGUGCGAGACGUGCGGCAAAACCUAUACACAGCGCCGCUUUCUUUUGCGGCAUCGCAUCGUACACCUGGAUGUCUACCGGUACGAGUGCAAUUAUUGCUCGAAAAAAUUCAAAUAUAAAGCUAGCUUGAAGGGUCAUGAAAAAUCUGUUCAUGAAAAAAAGUCCGUUUUGUCACAAAAGAUGUAACAAUAUUUUCUCCAAUACUUCAUCAGUUCUGCGAGAAAAAAAACCCAAUACUUUAAGGAAGGAAUAAAACCCAUUUUGACAUUUGAA